CAUUUCGAUGGCUCUGCCGAGGAACCUCCUCUCUCGCUGCCACAUCAAAACCCCACCUUUCCCUCACUCUCACAGACUCGUCACCACCACCAAUCACCACCACAACAACAACAACAACAACAAGAAGCAGCCCCUCCACGCCCUCUUCAUGGAAGCCGUUGGCCUCAAACACCACCACCAUCCCCAACAAGAACAAGAAUCAGAAUCAGAGAGCAACUUCGAGUUGAAGAGAAACCUCACACAGUUACAGCAGCAACUCAGGACUUUUAACAAACACGUGCCGGUCAUUAACACCAAGAGGAGGAGCUUGUUUUCUGUCUUCACCAACCAGCCUCCUGAACACGACACCCAGAUUGUGAACAACAAGAAGAGGGAGCCAAUGAUCUUGAAGGAGCUUUCACCAGAAAUGGAGGGUUUUCUGGAGCUUUUGUUCCAAAUGGGGUACUUCAACCAUGCCAAUUUCGCAAAGGGUAAGGACAUGUUUGAUCUUAGCUGGUUUGAUACUGAAUUUGGAAGAGGGUAUAUAAAGUUUGCGGCGCAGAGAUUCGGCAGGGAGAAACAAGAAUUGGCCAAAUGGCUAUCAGGAAGUGCUUUAAAAGAAGUGGCAAUGUUUGGCUGUCCCUCCGUCGACAAGGCAAGUGUCUUUCCUUGCAAACGACUACGAAAAUUCUUUGAGGUUCCAGAAAACACUGUUUGCAGCAAAUGCGCGCUGAGAGAAUCUUGCAAGUUUGAAAAUCAAAGUGUGUGGAAAGGUGACACCAAGAUUUUGAACUUGGUUGUGGUCAUGAAGGUACUUACCUCAUAUGAUUUAGAGAUGGUGCACCCUAAACUGGUAGUUCCUGAUACAGUGAAAAACUCAGUCCGUAAAUUGCUGAAGGAGGCUACGAAAUUGAGUCAAACCAUAUCUGAUUAGCUUUUUCCUACAAAUCUCUUAGAAGCAUUUAGAGUCUCAUGAAAAUGAAAUAUGGUUUAGUCCAACCAAGUUUAUUAAACUCUCGAGUUAACUCCUACAAGUUCAGGUUCCCAAAUUGAGUGUAAAAGCUGAGUUUUAUGAUUGAAGUUUACUAAAACUCCAUGAGCUUAGGCAAAUUCAAGUUUGAUAACCUUUGAGUCUAGCCUUCACAUUUUAACCAAGUGGUUGCUUGUGAGCAUACUUGGGACUUCCAAACCAUCUUUGAAGAUGGAUGCUUUUACGGUAUGAUCCUAAAUUGUUACCAAUUGAUGCUCAAAGGCAAUAUUCAACCCACCUGAAGAAGAAAACCACUCCAGAAAUUCAGAAAUUCAGAUGAGUGGUGAAGUUCGUUGCACAAUGCAAUCAUAUCACUUUUUUUAAUUGGUCUUUGCUGUCUUUCUCUCAAGUCUUGAAUACAGUGUCAUUUCAUAUUGUGUAUCGAAUUUAACUUAUGUAACAAGUUAACUUGAUUUUGCUAUA